AGACCUGAUAGACAUGAAUAGUGUUGCUGUUCAAAGCAACCAUGCAAAUUUAGAGCACGCUUUUUUUGCAGCGGAAAAACUUGGUGUUGCUCGACUUCUGGAUCCUGAAGAUGUUGAUGUUUCCUCACCUGAUGAGAAGUCAGUAAUAACUUACGUGUCAUCAGUUCAUGAUGCUUUUCUGGAAGGACCAGCAGAUGGUGAAGGCAUCCAAACUUCUCUCAGGAGCCUAACAUGUUUCACAUGCUACGUUACAAAAAGUGCAUCCCAGCUUAAGAAGAAGCUUAAACAGGAGGUAGAGAUAACACUUGCUAACAAAAAAGCUAAUACAACUAUUAAAGACCUGAAAUACAAACUGAAUGAAACUGAGCUUCAGAAAUCAUCAACAGAAGUGUCUUCUGUAUUCAAAGGAAAAAUAGAUCAAGUCAACAGUGAACUUAAAUCCCUGAAACUUAAGUUGGAGGAAAAAGAACAAGCAGAGCAACGAUACUUGCAGCAGCUGAAAGACCUGGGCAAGCAGUUAUGUAAAGUCAUAGAUAACGCUGAAGAGGUGAUGCAAGAAAAUAUAGAUCUUAAGAAAAUUAAUAUGAACUAUGAGGAGAAGCUGAAAGAAAAGGCACAACUAAAAAGAGAAGUAGAGGAAUUAACUUUGUUUCAGAGAGAAGCUAAAAUAACUAUCAAGCAUUUAAAUUCUCAAAUUAGUUCUCUUCUAAAAGAGAAAAUGGAAGCUGAACGGAGCACAGAGGCAUGCAAGGAAGCUGCAAAUAAUCAUCAAGACCAAUGUAAGAAAAUUCAAGAACAGCUGCUUAAAAAUCCUAAGUAGAAAAAAAAAAC